AUGAGGGAUGACAACGUCACCACGGAGCAAGAGCAUGAGGCACUGGCGAGUAGUACCCCAAAACCAAGAAAACGUGUAUCUUGGGGGUCACCUCUCUCCACCCGGGAACCUACGCAGCCAUCCACGGAUCAAGGUGAUUCAGAACAUGAACCGUCCUCGCACGACCUCUCAAAUACAGAUACCGUCGGACAAACGACACGCAUCUCCUGUGAUCUGCCGUCCCCUUCAGAAAUAUUAGAUAUACCGCAGUCAACGUUUAGGACCCCAGAAUUUACUCGCGAAUGGAAGGAAAUCGACAAUAUUUACGCACCAAAUCUACCGGUCACCACCAGCCCAACAACGGCUAAGGCAGCUCACUGCAAAAUAGUAAUUUCUAAAGCUCCUCUCACGGAGGGCCCUGGUAAUAUCGCGCACUUUAUCCCUGCCGAUAAAAUUCUCACCAGCCCUACCUGCAGAACUUUAAAAGCUCUAGGAAUGCUCUCCGAAACAAACCUGCUCACUGAAGACCUAACCGAAGGCCGUGUAAUCGUCACCCAAGCCGAAGAAAGGCGAAUCUUUAGCAUCGUAGGCGCUAAAUACUUCUUCCAGACUAUCGAACAACACCAGAUAUCUUACUUAUUGUAUGCUCUAAAACUGGCAGCAAAAAUAGAAGGAGGAGAUAAUCUUCGCAUCCCAACGAGCGGAGAAACGAUGUUGAAUGCGCAAACCCUACAACAACGAUUGUCCGAAGUCUUCAACGAAGAACCGAUCACAAUAACAAUAUGCACAGGCGAAAUACAAACUCCACCAGAAGAUCAUCGAGAGGAUAUCAUUCGACAUUAUCACGAAAGUUUAAUAGGAGGCCACAAAGGAGUAACCAAAACAUAUCAACGCAUACGGAAUGUUUUCGAUUGGCCUAGAAUGCAUCGAGAUGUAGAAGAUUACAUUCGAUCCUGCAAAAGCUGCCAAGAACAAAAAUUAGUGCGUAUCAAAACACGAGAACCGAUGCUUAUUACAGAUACUCCAGCCAAACCUUUCGAUAAGGUAGCUUUAGACACAGUCGGACCUCUUCCUUUCACCCCAAGCGGAAAUCGUCAUAUCCUUACACUGCAAUGUCAACUCUCAAAAUUUUGCAUGGCUAUUCCGUUACCAGAUAUCCGAGCCGAAACCAUAGCAGACGCCUUCUCGCGUUACUUUAUCGCAAUGUUCGGCGCGCCACGGGCAAUCCUCACGGAUCGCGGAACGUCAUUUAUUAAUCAAGUUCUUAAAGGAAUAGCAAAGACUUUGGUUUCGAACACGUUACUACCUCCGGUUAUAGACCUCAAACUAACGGUUCCCUUGAGCGUAGUCACCACGUACUCAUCGAAUACUUAA